AUGACCCGCUCUAUUUUGUGGUCUUUCUUGCAUCCUGGUGUAUUUCAGAUGACAGAAUUAGUUAAGCCAGACACUGUUGUUGAGAAUCAUGUUGAGGAGUGUUGUUGUGGUGUGACCGAGCAUGUUCUCUUAGAGUACGAGGAAAGAGAGUGA